AUGCUGUCCUUGAGCCACGCCUUGGUGCUGCUGCUCGCCGGCACCGGCGUCAUUGCCGCCAGUGCCAGCCCCGAGAAAGCGUCCCGGGUCCGACCGGCAGCCUCCGCCAUCGAGACGCCGCAGCCGGCGCAGCCCAACAUGGUGCCCAACUGCCAGGCCUUCUACCUCGUGCGGUCCGGCGAGACGUGCCGCUCCAUCGCGGCGGCGCACGGCCUGACCGUGGCGCAGUUCCAGCGCUGGAACCGCGGCACCGGCCCGGACUGCACCACGCUGCUGGCCGACGCCUACGCCUGCGUGGGCGUCACCGACGAGCCGACGACGACGCCGCCGCCCACGCCCGAGCCCACGCCCGUCGAGACGCCGCGUCCCAUCCAGCCCGGCAUGGUGCGCCAGUGCCGGCGCUUCCACUAUGUCGAGCCCGGCCAGAGCUGUUUCGAGGUCCAGCAGCGCUACGGCGUCUCCCUUCAAGACCUGGUCCGCUGGAACCCGGAUAUUGGCUACCAGUGCACCAACAUGUGGGCCAACACCUGGCUCUGCGUCGGCGUCGCUUGA